GGAUCAGGUUCAACGAUUGAGGCCACUCUCCCAGAGAACACCACGUCUGGAUUGUUUCGUACAGUUUCUACAGUCACCAAGAUUCGUCAGGGUCCACCUCUACAGCUUCGAGUCAUCCAGAAUUCUAGCAUCGUCACUACACUUUCUGCUGAGUCAUCCUCACUUCGUCCAACCCGCACCGGCGAGGAUACCAGUAGUCCAGCUAGAUCUUCGACUGGUACCUCGCGUGUCCAUAGCCCUAUCAUGACCACAAUUCCUGAGGAUGACCUAGCGCCCUUGUAUCUUGAGUGGCCGGGAGAUGUGGACCCUGAAGAUCUGAUUCCAUUAUAUCAGGAUCUCGCCAACAGUGACAACGGCGGAUUGAUUCCACGCGAUAACUACGAUGACGGCUAUGGCUUUGGAUAUGGCUCUAGCACAACUGGCCCUGUCAAUGGCGGCUACGGUAACCCUUCUGGUCCAACUAACUUACCUUCUGGUGGCUAUGGUAGCCACCCUACGCCAACCGUUGAGCCAACCGUUGAGCCAACUGGCUUGCCAACUGGAGGUUAUGGGAAUCCGCCGCCUCCUGAGAUCGUCGACCCAACAUUUGUCACGAUACCAGACCCACCACCGACUGUAACUGUUUCUCUAGAAAUUUGGUCUUCGUCCUUUGACCCAAGCACCUCUACAGAUGGUGCAACCGUCGUUGUCGUCGAGCCUGCUCCAAGCACAGAGUCACCGGUGCCGAAUGUUACGGUGACUGUCGAUCCACCCGAAGCGACCUUGCCCCUUCCUUUGCCAACUGUUGGUCCGUCCCUUGCAACAACGGUUGUUCCAGCCGAGACUGUACACAGCACCCCAGGUUACGUUUACACAACAGUUACUCCAUCGUACACGGGACCGCACGCCGUUACCAGCACCUUCGUGAUAGUGCAUACACCAACAGCACAUUCAACCCCGGUUCCUGUCGGUACAAGUGCCGGUCAUCGUGCACAGCCGAACCUUCGUCUCUCAUGGGCUGUCACGACCCUAGCAGUUGCGACUGUUGCUGUGUCCUAUGUCGUCAACGGACCGAAGCUAACGAAAGCGGGGCGUGAGAAACAGUCUAAGCAUUGUGACCACUGAAUCUCGAUACGAUUCGAAGUAUACUUCGGGUGAAGCUUAAAGACUUAGGGGCUCUUCUUAUUAAUCUGAGAUGGCGACACACAUGAGUAGGGAGGUGGUAAUGCUUGAUAUUUGAUUUCGGAAGGAAACUAGCUAUUGGUGUCUAAGGAAGGAAUGAAGAAAAAAGAGGAAAAAAAGCUAUGAUUCGAGAUUUCUUGGAAGCUGAGAACCGCAUAAUUGUAAGGCGCUAUUCCCGUCUUCUGUCUUGUCUUUCGCAGAUUAUAAUGAUUCGC